AUGAGGAUCAUUGAUAUUGCAUGCUGGGAAGUGCUAAAUGUUGAGGGUGAGUGGGCCUACAACGGCAAGAGUGCUCCGAGAGAUGGUUCAAAAAUAUGUGUUCAUAUAACCAAUGAGUGCUGCUCAUGUGAGAUAGAGCUGCUUGAAUCACGGUAUCUAGUAUGUGAGGCUGAAGAAACUGUGGUUUUUGGAGAGGCUGUCUCAGCAUUUGACCGAUCCCUGGAAUUGGCCCUCUCAGUGAUGAAUGAUGAUGAAACAGCCCUUAUCAAUAUCAAAUUGCCAAGAAAAUAUGUGGAUGAUGAGGCAGACAAUGACGAUAUCACUUUUACCUGCCAGUUAGGCCUGAAGAUCAUAGAAAAUGCAAAGCUGAUUUUUGAGCAUAGCCCAGAGGAGAAAAUGGCCAGGGCCAUUCGGUAUAAGAACUUAGGUGUUGGCUUGUACAAAGAAGGCAGUUUUUCCAAGCAGGUCUCAGCCUUUUUCAUGUUCAGCCAGUCUGUAAAGUGGUUGGUAACAAUAAAUACAGAGGAAGCACAAAGCAGCCUGGCUGAGAUUAAGGCGAUCAAGAUGCAUUGUUACAACAACCUGGGGCUUUAUCACUUACGCAAUCAUCAGUAUCGACUGGCUGUGGCAGCCACAGUGACUGUCCUUAACGAAGACCCUGAAAACAUCAAGGCCCUUUACAGGCGCUCUGUGGCAAACACUGAACUGCAAAACUAUGAAAAGGCUGAAGAAGACAUUCAGGCAGCUCUUUUGCUUGACCCCAACAACACCCUCAUCAAGAAGCAGGUGGAAAUUCUCAAGAAACGGCAAAAGAUGCUUUCCCACAAGUACAACUCCAGCUUGCGAAAAGUUUGUUCAAAUAUAAAGGUUUAA